UGUAAUUUUGUAAAAAUACAGAAGAAAACAAAGGGAACAAGAGGUCAGAAGACUCUCUUUCUAUCUCCGAUCAGUUUUCGUUGUGUUUGUGAUUUGCACGAUUUAUCUCACAGGUUGGGGAAUCCUUUCGCGAAAUCCAUUGGCAAGUCGAAUCGAUUACGAGUGGCAAAGAUGAAGAAGUAUGGACGGACAAUGUUUACUAUUCUGGUUAUCACAUCUCAACUGUGCUCUGUCUUUGCGUUUGAAACAACAGGCUCUGCAUUCAUGUGGUCUCCUCAUAUCGACAUGGAGCUGGCCGAAAAGGUGAACUAUAAAACACUCUCCUCAAGAGAUUUAGGAAGGUCUGUCAUGUCUGCAGGGGGCUGGUCAAACAUACUGUGUGAUGAUAAACAAUCUCACCAAUCAGUGGACAUUGCCGUUGUUUUUGUUGGGAAAGAGUUGCAAUCAUCAGGUGUAGCCAGAAAUAGCUUGGCAGAUGCUUCACUUGUGGAUUUGCUCAAGGACUCCUUCACAAAGUCCAAUUUCUCAAUGGCAUAUCCUUAUGUGUCGGCAAUGGUAAAGGAAGAGACCUUAGAAAGUUCUUUAAUUGAAGAGUUUGAAGCAUCUUGUGACCAUAAAUUUAGAGUUGGCAAUAUUAUUGUCACUGAUUCUUGCUUGAUAGAGGACAAAGGAUAUUCCAAACUUGCAGACAUGCACGCAGUAGAGGAGUAUGUGACGUCAACAAUGGAGAAAGGUACCAAAGAACAAACAGAUUUGCUUGUGGUUUGCCGCGGAGGUUUUAGUUCUUUGAAAAAUCUUGACCGGCCGCAUUCUGAAGGUCAAUUUUUUUCGGAGUUGAUUAGUUCAUUGGACCACUCUGGAGCAAAGUACACAGUUCUUUAUGUUUCUGAUCCAUAUAACCCCAUUCAGUAUCCUUCCAGCCAUCAAUUAGGAAGGUUGCUUGCUGAAACUCCUGGAAAUGCAUCUCUAAAUUCUACCGUUUUCUGUGACGGGGUUUGCCAAAUUAAGAAGUCCCUUCUGGAGGCAGUUUUUGUUGCUAUAGUCCUCGUUAUAAUAUUAAUUUCGGGGCUCUGCUGUAUGAUGGGGAUCGACACUCCUACAAGAUUUGAGGUUCCUCAAGAGUAAAUGGUCGUAUGAAAGACCCGUUUUGUAGCAUAGCAGCAUUCUUCUAGUAUGUUGGUUGGAUUCCCAGGGUGUUCAAAGACUGUCAAACAAAGAGGAAGAUCAGCAUGACGAGUUGAAAGUUGAAAAUUCUGGUAUUUUGUGUAUCAUUAUAUAUGGCCAGAGGGAGAGAUGGCCUUUGUAAAAUUUAUUCAUCUACUUAUUCACAUUUUCUUGCACUUGGUGCGUGGUGAUGGUGUAUUUUCUUCAAUUUGUUGUUAUACUCAGCUUACUUUAAUAAAGCUUUUAGCAAGUCAAUAAAUAAAGUGGGUUCUUCUCUGAAAA